AGAGCCCUAGUGAGACCACACCUGGAGUAUUGUGUGCAGUUUUGGUCCCCUAAUUUGAGGAAGGACAUUCUAGCUAUUGAGGGAGUGCAGCGUAGGUUUACAAGGUUAAUUCCCGGGAUGGCGGGAAUGUCAUAUGCUGAGAGAAUGGAGCGGCUGGGCUUGUACACUCUGCAGUUUAGAAGGAUGAGAGGGGAUCUUAUUGAAGCAUAUAAGAUUAUUAAGGGUUUGGACACGCUAAAGGCAGGAAACAUGUUACUGAUGUUGGGGGAGUCCAGAACCAGGGACCACAGUUUAAGAAUAAGGGGUAAGCCAUUUAGAACGGAGACGAGGAAACACUUUUUCUCACAGAGAUUUGUGAGUCUGUGGAAUUCUCUGCCUCAGAGGGCGGUGGAGGCAGGUUCUCUGGAUACUUUCAAGAGAGAGCUAGGUAGGGCUCUUAAAAAUAGCGGAGUCAGGGGAUAUGGGGAGAAGGCAGGAACGGGGUACUGAUUGGGGAUGAUCAGCCAUGAUCACAUUGAAUGGCGGUGCUGGCUCAAAGGGCCGAAUGGCCUACUCCAGCACCUAUUGUCUAUUGUCUAGCUGCCUUUCCCCCCUCAGAAACGCCUGGUUUUAUUCCAUUCCAGGCUUUCACCACAGCAGUUCAUAAACCCAGCGCAUCCUGCCCUCUCCUCUCUGACACAAGCACAAUAGACGAGAUUUAAAUACACCCACUGAGUCCACAUGCAAGGCCAACCAGCGUCUACGCUGUGGUUUCCUCCUCUGCUUUAAUUUCACUCCAGGCAGUAAAAAGACUGACUCAAUCCUGACUCUUGAAGAGCAGUCAUUAGAAGCUUUCAUACACACAGACAUGCUGUCCCACCCUGGGAGUUCUGUUCGAGCUGUUUACCUUUCAAACCUCCCCUUGGUCUGUUGGCACGGCUGCAUGUGUAUGUCUUCACCUGUGUUGUGAGUCGACAUCGUAUUUCUCCGCGGCUGAACUCAUUCUGCACCAGCCUAAGACGGAACAACAGAAAAACCCAUUCACACGAGAUUGAGCGAAGAAUCAUUUGAAGGAAAACCCAUCAGGACUGACAGGUCCACACAGCCAAGGAUCCAGAGCCUAUUUCUAUCGGGGGGGGGUGAAGUUUUGUGAGAUGACCAACUGUUCCAUUGAUCAUGGGAUCCGCCAGGAAUUGUUCCCCACGGUUUAUAUCUUUGUUUUCAUCGUCGGCCUGCCCACCAAUCUCCUGUCGCUCUACCACAGCUACCUGCAGAUCAAGCAGGGGAACGAGCUGGGAGUCUACCUCUGCAACCUGACCAUCUCGGACCUCUUCUACCUGCUCUCCCUGCCCCUGUGGGUCCAUUACAUUCUCCAGCACGACGACUGGAUCUUUUCGCGCGAGCUAUGCAAGUUGAGCGGCCUCCUCCUCUACCAGAACAUCUACAUCAGCAUCGGCUUCCUCUGCUUCAUCUCCAUCAACCGCUUCCUGGCCGUCAGCUACCCCUUGAGCUUCAAGUCCAUGCACACCAUGAAAGCCGCUGUGGUCAUCAGCGUCAUCAUCUGGUUGAAGGAGAUAGUGGUGUGUACCCUCUUCAUCGGCAGCAAGGUCCUGAGCAAGGACGACGAGAACGACACCUUGUGCUUCGAGCACUACCCCCUGCGCCAAAAGGACAUCAACUUGAACAUCUACCGCCUUUCCAUCGGCUUCUUCCUCCCUCUCGUUCUGCUCAUCUUCUCCUACUGCAAGGUGCUGUCCGUGGUCCAGAAAAGCCACGGGCUCCAAACAGAGAGGAAACUCAGGAUCAAGCGGCUGGUUUCCGGGACCAUUAUCAUUUUCCUGGUGUGUUUCGCUCCCUAUCACGUCUUCCUGAUGGUCCGGACCUUGAGGGAACGCAGCUGCAAAUUCGCCGAUAAGAUUUUUGACCUUUAUCACUUUGGGCUCCUGAUGACCAGCUUGAACUGUGUGGCCGACCCCAUCCUGUACUGCUUCAUCUCUCAGAGUUCGCAAGGCUGGUUCGCCAGGUUCCUGGACCCUGUCACAUGCCUCGUGAGGCGCUGCAGGAGGAGACCGGGGGUCCAGUCGCUGGAGAUGAAGGUCAAGUCGCCGACGACCAGACUUUUAGUUCAGGACCAGGAGAAGGCGGUGGAAAAUGGUUACGAUAACAGGGCAAAGAUCCAACUCAACCAGUAUACACAGCAAAGCUUCCAAGGCACAAUGAGCACGGAUGUGUAA